AAAGGGUUGAACUUGAACCCGGAAGUACGUUGAUGAAGUCUGCUUGGCAACACGCGCCAUGAUUGCGUCGUAGAGCGGACGUCUUCCCAGCUGCUGGAGACCCACAUGGAGCAGCUGGAAGAGGAGCUGACGUGCCCGAUCUGCUGCGGUCUCUUCGAGGACCCCCGCGUCCUCCUCUGCUCGCACAGCUUCUGUCGGAAGUGCCUCGAGGCUCUCCUGGAGUCCCCCCGGGGCUUGUCUUUUUCCAGGUCGCCGUUCAGGUGCCCAACGUGCCGCAAGGAGAGCCCGCACAACGGCGCCAACAGCCUUCAAGUCAACUACUCCCUUCGCGGCAUCGUGGAGAAGUAUGCUCGGCUCAAAGUGGCGCCCAAGACGGGCGUGUGCGCCCACCACACGGGGCAGCCGCUCAACAUGUUCUGCGCCACGGACCUGAGGCCCAUUUGCGAAGGUGUACCAAUGUUGUGA